CUCUCCCCUGCAGCCCCUUCCGGCCAGGCUCAGUCCCUUCCCUGCAGCAGGCACUCAGCCCUGCUCUCUCCAUUCACUGCCCAAAGCCCCCACCCAGAGGUUCCCAGCAUGGCACAUGGCUAUUUCUCAGGGCGCUGCAUGCCCUCGAACUCUGACGUCUCCGUCUGCUCCAGCGCCGUGAGCCGAAGCAACAAUAGAGUCGGUUUGCCCAGCUCGUGCCUGGGGAGCUCCUCCUGGCAGCUGGAUGACUGCCCAGAGAGCUGCUGUGAGCCCUGCGGCGGUUGUGGCCCCUCCUGCUGCCCAGCCACAUGCUGCCCACCUGCCUCCUGCCUUACCCUUGUGUGCCGGCCAGUCUGCUGCAUGCCCGCCUCCUGCCCGCCUUGCUCAGCUGUCUGCUCCCCCUCCUGCUGCCAGUCGACUGGCUGUGGAGCUUCCUGUUGCCAAUCCUGUUCCUGUGCCCCCAUGCAGUCCUGCUGCUGUGUACCCAUGUGCUGCAAGCCCAGCUGCUGCAUCUCCCUGCCUGUGUGCUGCAAGCCCAGCUGCUGUGUGACCUCUGCCUGUGCAGCCCCCUCCUGCUGCCCAGUGCCAUCUUGCUGCCAGCCUUCCUGCUGUAUGUCCCUCACCUGCCAGCCAGUGUGCAGCCCAGCCACCUGCUGUGUGCCUCUCUCCUGCAAACCCACCUGCUGCACCACCUCUUCCUCCUCCUGCUGCUGUGGCCCCACCUGCUGCUGUGCCCCCUCCUGCUGCUGCCCCACCUCCUCUGUGUCCCUCAUCUGCCGGCCCACCUGCUGCAGACCCUCCUGCUGCUCCACCUCCUGUGGCCAGAAAUCCUGCUGUUGA